AAUUUUUCUCGUGUAAAAAUGCAAGUGACUUUGUCGCUGUCGUCCCUUGUUGGAACUCCCCAGGUAGGAUUUAUUGAGUGUAAAUAAUCGUUUAUAAAGCUUAGCGUUUUUGUUUGCAUAGUGUUUCAAUCUGAAUGGUACACUAGUAAUAGUAACUAUUUCAUUUGAAUAGAGUUGUUAUAAUGAGCUUUAAUAUAAUAAUGUAUUUUUUUAAAUUACGUUUUAGUAUGUGAAUGGUGAACAUCUAAAACGAUCAUUGAAGACCAUCAUAACCUACGCUGAAACCGAUCAUGAACUAAAGAACACCAAUUUUCCAGAACAGGUAUAGAAAAUUCUCAUUCAGUUCAGUUUUCACACAGCUAUAAUUAUUAAUAGGCAUUUCGAUGUCUGCUCUAAUUAGCGUUGAAAAUUGGGAUUUGGAACUGACACCCUGUGUAACGCAAUCACGGUACCACGAAUAACGAAGAUUCUUGUUGGUAUAGCUACUGUUUAAUGUCUCCUGUUUGAACUAAUGUUGUUUUGAUAUUCUUUGAAGGUUCGUGAACUAGUGUUUAACCUGCACAUGAUUCUAACUAAUACAGUCAAGAUGCACGAGUUCCAUGAGGUAUGUUAUUUCACUGGAAUACAUCUACAUGUAUGAUCCUUACUGCGGAAAUAGCAUGUACUCUUGUGUGGGUAACAGUCUUAAAAUCUAAUUUCCACAUUAAUUGCCUUUCUGAUACUAUGCACGAUCAGAAGUUCCACAGAAAAAUUACCACGUCGC